AUGCGGCUCUUACAGUACAGCGAAAGCGGAGAGCUCAGCAUCCACAGCUUCGACGAUGGCGACAUACCCCCUUACGCGAUACUCUCACACACCUGGGGCGCAGAUGGCGACGAGGUGACCUUUGCAGACCUCCAGACAGGCGGCGGCAAGGCAAAGCCGGGCUAUAAGAAGAUCAUCUUCUGCGGAGGACAGUCACGGCGCGACAGCCUCCAGUACUUCUGGAUCGACACGUGCUGCAUCGACAAGGCCAAUAAGGCUGAACUUGCCUUCUCUAUCCGAUCGAUGUUUCGCUGGUACCGCGAUGCAACUCGGUGUUAUGUAUAUCUAUCGGAUGUCUCUGAUCAACCUCUACCAGUGACGUCAGACGACCAAGAUUUACGAUGGCUUUUAUGGUUCUGGAUGUUCUCUAUUCUCUAUAGUAUGUCGAGAUGGUACGGUAGCACGAUGCAGCGCUACUUCUAUUCGCGCAAUGUUCUAUGCACUUCAGUCGGUAGCGAUCCUGUACGAAAUAAGCAGAAAGCUGAGCUUGCGCUUAAAAACAGCAGAUGGUUUACCCGUGGAUGGACGCUGCAGGAGCUUCUCGCACCGUCUAUAGUAGAGUUUUUCUCUAAAGAAGGGACCAAGCUUGGUGAUAAAUUAUCGCUAGCGAAAGAAGUGUAUGAAGUUACAGGUAUCUCUAGUCCAGCGCUGCAAGGUGAACCGUUGUCUAACUUUAGCGUUCAUGAACGCGUUACCUGGAUUGAACAUCGCACUACAACGAUUCCAGCAGACCGUGCAUACUCCCUGAUGGGUAUUCUCGGUGUCAGCUUGUCCCCAAUCGAUGGCGAGAAUCUAGCUGAAGCAAUGAAGCGGGUUCUAUACGAGGUUGACAAGCAGAACAAGUUUAUCCAAGACUUAUGUCCUAGUAACCCGCGCGAUGAUAAGAAGCGGAUCGAAGAGACUAAGGGCGGGCUGCUUGCGGGCGCUUACCGCUGGGUCCUUGACAACAAUACCUUCCAGCAGUGGCAGCAAGACCCAGAGAGCCGACUACUGUGGGUGAAAGGUGAUCCUGGCAAAGGCAAGACGAUGCUGCUGUGUGGCAUUAUCGACGAACUGCAAAACUUGACGCCGAAACCUACCCUUUUUCCUGUGCUGCGGGGCUUGCUAUACAUGCUUAUGCAUCAGCAGCCGUCGCUUGCAUCGCACGUCGCCCUAACGAAAAUCUUCACGGAUGUGCUGCAAGAUACAAGCCUAGGCAUGACGUACCUGAUUAUUGACGCGCUCGACGAAUGCGCGACAGACUUACUAAAAUUGCUCAGCUUUAUCGCGAAGCAGUCGUCUGCGUCCUCUCGCGUCAAGUGGAUCGUGUCUAGUCGCAACUGGCCAGAUAUUGAGCAAGAACUAGAGCGUGCUGAGCACGAAAUGAGGCUCAGCCUUGAGUUAAACGCUGAGUCGGUGGCUGCAGCAGUAGAUGUGUUUAUCCGGCAGAAGGUGUGUCGCCUAGCCCAAGAGAAGCGCUACACGCCAGAGGUGCAAGACGCGGUGCUCCAGCACUUAACGUCGAACGCGAACGAUACCUUCCUCUGGGUUGCGUUGGUGUGCCAAGACCUUAAAGCGACGCCGAAGUGGGACGUGCAAGAGAAGCUAGCCCAGUUCCCGCCUGGUUUAGACUCACUUUAUAGGCAGAUGCUAGACCAGAUACGCAAGUCUAGUAGUGCUCGAAGAUGUCUGCGGGUGCUGGCAGUGGCUGCUGUCCUAUAUCGACCAGUCACAGUUAGUGAGCUAGUUAUAUUGACUAAGCAACUUGCAGACCUUGUUAAUGAUCUAGAGUCCGUGCGGGAGAUUAUCGGUCUCUGCAGAUCAUUCUUAACGCUGCGAGACGAUACGGUGUACUUUGUACAUCAAUCAGCUAAGGACUUCCUUAUCACAAAAGCGUUAAACGACGUCUUUCUAGAUGGUAUAGAAUGUGUGCAUCAAGAUAUCUUCGCAAAAUCACUUGUAAUUCUGCACAAGACACUGCGUAGAGAUAUAUACAACCUUCAAGCGCCUGGAUAUGCUAUAGAAGACGCCAAGCCACUUCUUCCCGAUCCUCUAGCCGCGUCGCGCUACCCAUGUGUGUACUGGAUUGACCACUUCUGCGACUUAAAAUCUAGUGCUACUAAUCAAGAAAUCACUAGGGCUAUAGACGCAUUUCUUGAGCAAAAAUAUCUCUACUGGCUAGAAGCGCUCAGCUUGUGCAGAAGCAUGGCCAAAGGGGUAGUCUCGAUGACAAGGUUAUGGGAUCUAGUCCAGGGACUUGGAGACACGGACGUAUUGAACAAGAUCGUGUACGACGCACGACGGUUUAUUAUGUAUCAUAAGGAGGCGAUCGAGAACUAUCCUUUACAGGCAUACGCAUCUGCUCUGCUGUUCAGUCCAGCUAAUAGCAUAGUAAGAAGGCUGUUCCAGCACGAAGAGCCAAGAGGAGUAACGAUCAAGCCCGCUAUGAGCAACGGCUGGAGUGCGUGUCUGCAGACACUCGAAGGUCAUAGCAGUGGUAUUACGUCGGUGACCUUCUCGCACGACUCAACCCGGCUAGCGUCAGCGUCAGAGGACAGCACUGUUAAGAUCUGGGACGCGAGUAGUGGGAUGUGUGUGCACACACUCCAGGGCCAUGACGAUGCUGUUGUGUCAGUGGCCUUCUCGCACGACUCGACCCGGCUAGCGUCAGCGUCAGAGGACAGAACUGUCAAGAUCUGGAACGUGAGCAGUGGGAUGUGUGUACACACGCUCGAGGGCUAUAGUGAUAGUGUUCGCUCGGUGGCCUUCUCACAUGACUCGACCCGGCUAGCGUCAGCGUCAGGCGACAGCACCGUCAAGAUCUGGGACGCCAGCAGUGGGACAUGUAGGCACAUACUUGAGGGCCAUAGUGGUUGGGUUACCUCGGUGGCCUUCUCGCACGACUCGACCCGGCUAGCGUCAGCGUCAGCCGACAGCACUGUCAAGAUCUGGGAGGCGAGUAGUGGGAUGUGUGUGCACACGCUUAAGGGCCAUAGCUAUGGUGUUAGUUCGGUGGCCUUCUCGCAUAACUCGACCUGGCUAGCUUCAUCAUCUUGGGACGACACUGUUAAGAUAUGGGACGUAGGCAGCGGGACGUGUGUGCACACGCUCGAGGGCCAUGGCCAUGGUGUUAGUUCGGUGGCCUUCUCGCACGAUUCAACCCGGCUAGCGUCAGCAUUAAAUAACAGCACUAUUAAGAUCUGGAACGUGAGCAGUGGGGCUUGUGUAAACACACUCGAGGGCCAUAGCGAUAUUGUUCGCUCGGUGGCCUUCUCGCACGACUCGACCCAGCUAGCAUCAGCUUCAGACGACAGCACCGUCAAGAUCUGGGACGCGAGCAGCGAGAUGUGCCUACAUACCCUUGACGUUGGCAUAUCCCUCUUGCACUUGUCUUUCGAUUUUACUGGUACUUUACUCUAUACAGAAAUAGGCACUAUUAGUAUCUCUAGUUCCCAGGUCACGAACCCCAUCAACGUUGCAGCAUCAAAACUUCAGUACCAGGGUACGAGUAUAAAUUCUGGUGGCAACUGGGUUAUCUACGCGGGUAGCAAUAUGUUAUGGAUACCUUCUGAGUAUCGACCGUCAAGCUCGGCUGUAAGUGAGACCCAACUAGGCAUGGGAGUAGGAUCAGGAAGGGUCUGGCUUUGUCAGCUAGUCUAG